GGUGAGUUGAGGGAAAGACGGAGCCACCCUGUCAAUCAUAAUUAAGAAACCAUGGGAGUAAACUGGUAGGGAAGAUCGGCGGAAACACUGUGUUUACGGUGAAGAUUGUUUUAAUUUGCGCAGAAACGACAACAAUGCACCGGUACACUGUGGGAUAUUUACAUCUGGUCUCGCCAACUGGGAAUCGCUCCACUUUGACGGGAAUUAGCAUGAAGCGUUACAUAUAACAACAUAAACUUAGCGACUUUCAGUUGCCUGCGCCUGUUUUUUGUGCUCACGGCGUUCCAGUUUGAACAAAACACACAAGUCACCGUUGAUAUUUGUACAAAAGGCGGUGCCGCGGAGGUUUAUAUGAACUCCAAGCUCAGGAUAUACCCGUUUAUUUGACUACAACUCGUGGAAAAUCUGGUCUGGGCAUUUCAGAGAACUGCCUUGUCGGUCGGUACAAGAAGACACUCCCCAAAACAAACGAAGGCGAACAGAAAUCUCCGCUCAAACUCCAGGGAGAGCAAGAAAGGAGCAGAUAUGAGUGGGGGAGAUGUGGUGUGCUCAGGGUGGCUAAGAAAGUCUCCUCCUGAAAAAAAGUUGAGACGUUACGCAUGGAAGAAGCGGUGGUUUGUUCUUCGCAGUGGCCGUCUGACAGGCGACCCAGACGUGUUGGAGUACUACAAGAAUGACCAUGCCAAGAAGCCCAUCCGCGUGAUUGAUCUCAACUUGUGUGAGCAGGUGGACGCUGGGCUGACUUUUAACAAGAAGGACUUGGAGCACAGCUUCAUAUUCGACAUCAAGACCAUUGACCGCGUCUUCUACCUGGUGGCUGACACCGAAGAGGAGAUGAAUAAGUGGGUUCGCUGCAUCUGCGACAUCUGUGGUUUUAACCCCACUGAUGACGAGGCAGCAAAAGCUGCUCACCAGUCAGCCAUCAGAGGCCUGGUGGUGGACACCCCCCCACACCCAGCACUGGGUAAUAUUGUUGGUCCAGCAGCAGUGCUGUCCAGUGUGCCCCCUCCAUACCAGCCGGUCAAUGUGCGACACCUGGAGUCUCAGUCCAGUUCAGAGGAGCCCCAGGAUUACCUGUGGCUGGUCAACUGUGAGAGCAAAAAGCCUGAACCCAACAGAGCCCAUGCUGAGUGUUCCAAGUCUAUCUCUUCAGAGACAGACCUGAAUGACAACCUCCCCUCUCACCGCACGCCCACAUCCUCCACCUCCUCAGCUAAACACACCUCGCACAAUGGCUUCUUCCCACAGCACCCGGCCCCUGCCUCCGCCUCUUCCAUCUACGACUCGCCUCCAUCACGUGGUGCCUCGCUCUCAACCGACGGCAGCCUUUACCACCUCCCUCGCAGCUACUCACAGGACACUGUUCUACUCCCAAAGUCGGCCUCCUCUCCUUUGGCCCAUCCAGACAACGGGGAUGGCUCUGAGCUCUAUGUCUUUAACACGCCGUCACGGAAGCCCUCAAUGGAGACACAGAUGCGCAACCUUUCCAUCAGUUACGAUAUCCCACCUACACCUGGCGCAAACUGUACAUACCAGGUGCCCCGCACUUUGUCGUCGUCAACAGGGGUAGGAGGCUCAGAGGGGGGAGGAGAUGUAGUCCCCCCUCCCAGACCACCCAAGCCUUCUCUCAGUUCCACCUCAGGACCGCCACCACCCCCUGCUGAGCGUUCACCUACGGACACUUAUCAUGUGCCUCGCUCAGCAUCUGAGACAGACGGAAACUACUGUGUGCCUACCAGUGCUGGGAAUAAGGCUUUACGCAGCAACACUAUUGGCACUGUGGACUGUUCACGCCUCCGCAAAGAUUUUGGAUCCCAGGACUGCUAUGAUAUUCCUAGAUCAUUCCCUUCUGAAAAGAGCUGCUCAUUUGACUUCAAUGAAAGCUUCAACAGCUACUUUAAAAACAAAGGAAUGAUGCCAGUGGGUAGCCAGUCCACAGAAGAGGUAGACCAGAACUACGUACCCAUGAGUGCCAACUCCCCAUCACACCAUCACUCAGGCAGUUUGCCAGAGCCGAUGCACGAACCGAACUAUGUGCCCAUGACCCCAAGCACCAUGGAGUUCUCCUCCCUGGGAAAGCAGGUACCCCCGCCCGCACACAUGGGCUUCCGCUUCAGUCCCAAGACCCCUCCUCGCAGGCCGAUGCUCAGUGAAUGCCAGCCCCCACCUGUGGACCGAAAUCUUAAACCUGAUCGCAAAGGUCAGAGUCCUAAAAUAAUAAGAGCAAAAGGUGUCUGUUUAGAGCGAACCGACUCUCAAACCGUAGGUGAAUUCCCGAGGGGACGACGCAAGGGAAGACCCGCUCCACUGGAGAUCAAACCGCUGCCAGAAUGGGAGGAGCCCUGUACGCCUGUCCGCUCGCCUGUGACACGGUCAUUCGCUCGGGAUCUCUCUAGGUUUCCAAUGCCAGCGAGAUCCCCGUCAGUGCAUAGUACGGCCUCCAGCACUGACUCCGAGGACUGUGAUGAGCAUUAUGUAGCCAUGGACUCUAAUAUGUCCACAGAUGAACCAAACAUGAAGCUUGUUGCACCCUUGACUGCGGAUGGUGGGAGCAGCCCUAUGGUGAAGCCGAAGGGAGACAAACAGGUGGAGUACCUGGAUUUGGAUCUUGACCCCGGCAAGUCUACCCCACCUAGAAAGAUGAAAAGCAAUGGAACGGGCAUGGCCGCAUCAGAUGAGCGUGUUGACUACGUGGUUGUGGACCAGCAACGGACACAGGCCCUUAAGAGCACCCGGGAGGCCUGGAACGAUGGCCGUCAAUCCACAGAGACAGACACCCCUUCUAAAGGACCCAAGUGACCCUGUUGUCCCUCCAAACCCCCAAACCACUGGGUCUUUAACACUAGUGUAGGCUCUGGUUUGUGUUUAGGCCAGCUGUCAAGUUCCACCUCCGCUAGAUCCUUAGUGUGUAGGGGCAAGUGGAGCUCCCUAGCCACUCAACUGCCUUUAGUUUACACUGCUGUCAGGCCUAGGACAGCACAGUGUGUACAGUUGUCGGAAGCGGUGUAAGCCAGGAAUAAGCUGUAUGCAGUAUGAAAGCAGGUGGAAAGACGGGACAUGUCACCUGGGUUUGACUUAAACAGUCUCACAAACUUUGACCAUUCACUGCCUCCUAUAUGAUUAGAUGUUUUUGUUCUGUCAUUCACCUUUCAGUGGCUUGUGGGCUGACCCGGAGUUAACAUUUCCUUAAAUUACAAUGCUGUUUGAUGUUGUUUUGGAGUGAAAUCACUUGAUAACAUGGUCACAGUACUUUGUCGGUGCAACGCUACUAGUUAGCAUAGCUAGCCAACAGUGUUGAUGUUUCAGUUUCUCCUGUUUGAGCGGGUUGAAGUUUCCAUGGGCACUCUUCAUAGGUCAGUUUUUACAAUUUCAUCGCUAAGUAAUGGCUGAAACUGAUCUGUGUCUAAGGCUAACUUCAAAUCCGAUUCCGAAUAUAACCCAGUACGACAGAAUUUCAUCAUUUUAUUACUUUUUUUCUUUCAGUGCAAAGGCAGUUGAACUCGUUCAUUUUACAUGUAACAAAGUGCUCAAAUUUAAGCUUUGGAUUUACUCAAGGUUUAAUCCACUGAACAUGAUUUGAUUUCCAUUAAUGUGGAGAUGCUUCAAUCUGUUAUAAUGGAAGUGCAAAGACUGUACAAAAGUGUUAUGUAUAUAAACAGGAAAAGUGUCAUUUAUAUAAAUGGAAUAUCCAGUGUGUUUGACUCGAAGGUAUGUGGAUUCUGCAGGGUAGAAUCCUGUGCCUGUCUUUGGUGGUAUCAGGACUUGUGAUUAAUGAAUGAAUUACUGUGAGUUUUUAAAAGAACAUGACAGGUUUUCUAUAAGUUAUGCAAAGGUAACAAACUAAGGCUAGAGAGAGAGAAAAUCAGGUACUCUUUAUGAAUGCAUACUAAAACAACUAUCCAUUUUUUAUUUAUUUCUCAAGUUAUUUCACCAGGUGGAUAUCGUGUCCACUUUUAGCUCAGUAUUCUUGAUUCGUAUGGAGGAACAUUUACUAAUGUCUGUAAAAAUGCUUAGUUUGACAAGCGCGGGUCAAUUAGUUUCACAAGUUCAUUUAUGUUCCUUGUUUCUCUCUCGUCUUAGAUUUAAUUUAUUUCAAAUUGAACUGGCAUACAGUUUUGGGAAAUUGACUGCCUUGUGUAGUCAACUUGAUACAUCUUUUAUAGAGUCUUUGUCUGCAUACAUCUGUGCUUUACUACCUUGUGAACUCACUCAAAAGUCCCAAGCAUGUGCUACCACAAGAUAAAAUCAUUGCUGUACAUAUUUUUUCCCCCAUCAGUUAGAUUAACAUGUAUCAUUUUAAAAAUGUGCCUACUAAGUCAUCUUCAUUCUUCUUCACUCUUUCCUUAUUGCAGUCUUUCUGUGAUAUGGACUGCUAAGCUGAUGACGCUUUCUUUUUUAACGAAUCUCAACAGAAAAUGUACAUUUUAAAAGUGGACUAAAUAAAAUCCAAACUCGUAAGCA